GAGAGAGGAAUGGAGAGAGAAUAUAUCGAGUGAAAGAUUAGAAUGGACGGAGGAGAUGAGACGAGAGAGAGAGAGAGAGAGGGAGCCACAACAAGGAGAGAGCUUGCUUUCCCAUUGGGUGCAUAUGUCCAUUUGAUUUGAUCCUCUCCAAAAUCUUCACACCCUUUAAGCAAGCAAUUAAGCGCUUUCUCUCUCUCUCUCUAUCUCUUCAGGGACAGCCAGUAAUAGUAGAGGUUGAUCAGUGGCAGUGCAAGAACCGAGGGGAGAGAGCUUUCAUCGGGAAGGAAAAGCUUAGUUGCAGAGGUGGAUGACACAGUUCAAAACCAGUAAGGUGUUUCUUCCUCUACCCUUCUGGAACAACAACAACAGCAGCAACAAUCCUAAUCAGCAGAGCAGCCAAAAGGUCUCUGCCCUAAUGCCCCAAGGCAGCUGCAACCACAACAACUCAGGUUGUUAUUUCAUGGAAGGCAGCAACAGCAACACCACCAAUAAUCAUGACUGCACCAGCUGUUCUAUGAAAGCUAAGAUCAUGGCUCAUCCCCACUACCCUCGCCUCUUGGCUGCCUAUGUUAAUUGCCAAAAGGUGGGGGCACCGCCGGAAGUGGUAGCCAGGUUAGAAGAGGCUUGUGCUUCUGAGGAAGCCAUGGGUAGGUCUGCAACAAGCUGCGUAGGAGAAGACCCUGCACUGGAUCAGUUCAUGGAGGCAUAUUGUGAGAUGCUCACCAAGUACGAGCAGGAGCUCACAAAACCCUUCAAAGAAGCCAUGCUUUUCCUAUCAAGGAUCGAGUGCCAGUUCAAAGCCCUAACUGUUGCCCCUUCAGAUUCUGUUUGUGGUAGUUAUGCGGGUCGGGUUGGAUCAUCUGAGGAGGAGGUUGAUGGGAAUGACAAUUGCAUCGACCCUCAAGCCGAAGACAGGGAGCUGAAGGGCCAGCUUCUGCGCAAGUACAGUGGAUAUCUGGGUAGCCUGAAGCAGGAGUUCCUGAAGAAGAAAAAGAAAGGGAAACUACCCAAGGAAGCCAGGCAGCAGUUGCUUGACUGGUGGAGCAGACACUACAAGUGGCCUUACCCAUCGGAGUCCCAAAAACUGGCACUUGCAGAAUCGACUGGUCUAGAUCAGAAACAGAUAAACAACUGGUUCAUCAAUCAGAGGAAACGCCACUGGAAACCUUCCGAGGAUAUGCAGUUUGUGGUGAUGGACGCAACCCAUCCCCACUACUACAUGGACAGCGUUAUGGGCAAUCCGUUCCCCAUGGACUGCACGCCUACGCUUCUAUGAUCUACAUUUUCCAAACCUGAAAACCCUGAGCUCUCUAUAUUGAACAAAGUGUUGUUAUGAGCAACAUCAUUGGUAAUGCGUCUAGAGGUAUGUACUAUAUGUAAUGGUAUUGGUACUGCAUAUGAAGCAGAAGGGAAAAGAAUUUAAGUUAAGCUGCUGCUUUAUAUAUAUUAUAUAUAUAUAUAUAUAUAUUAGUUUCCACGUGGAAUGUGGCUCUACCCUCACCACUGCUUUGUGGUUUAUCUGUAUUCAUUUUGAGCUUUGUUUGUUAUAUAUAUAUAGGGAGACCGAUUACUAUUCUCUCAGCAGCAAUAUUGAUCUGGUUGAC